CAGCACCGUGACAACUGCACCGUUUUCUUCACCCAUAACCAGCCAAAUGAACACUGAAAUAUCGCACGUGAUGUUUUCAACAAGAUAAAAAAAAAUCCCUUUCAGCCCUCUGGUCUGGCACCGGGGGUCUGCAGAGGGAUUAGAGCCGCGUUUCCCUCCUUGUGUCUGAUGUACUGUUGAGCCAGUCAGCAGAGCAGGCUGAACAAAGCCAUGGGAGAGAGAGAGAAAGAGAGAGAGAGAGAGAGGAGAGAGGAGCUUCUGGGAAGAAAUGUCUCUCACUGACUCUGUCGCCUCGACAACCGGUGAAUGGAGCGGAUGAAAUUGCAGAGCACAAGUUCAACACAUUACAAGUGGACCAAGUAGGCCUGAACGCUCCACCUGUAAUUCAUCAGCCUCAGGUGCCAGCAUGGAUGUGGAGGAUGAGCCCCUGCUGUUUCAGACAAACUGGGGGUGUGAGGAGGAGGAAGAGGAGGAGGAGGAGGAGCAGGAAGAUGAGGACGGAGUGGCAAUAGGACAGAGCUGCUCCUCUGCAGAUGCCAAGGCCUGUGGGGUAUGGAGGGUUGUGGGGUGGGUUUACAUACAGCCCUGGGCCAGCGGAGUGAUUUUAGGUGUCGCCGUCCUGCUGCCAUGUGCCCUGUUUGCCUACAUGCUGCUCUACUGCCCUCCUCUGGACAUAGACCUCUCCUACAGUGCCUUUGAGGUUCACAGUCACUUCUCUGCUGAGCGUUUUGACGCCCUCACCAUCGCUGUAAAGACACAGCUGGGGUCCUGGGACAGACGUAGGCGAGACAUAGAUAACAUUGAGUCCGAGGCCCUGCGGGAGCUGCUGCUGGAGAAGCUGGGUAGACAAGGGGUGCUGAACAGGACAGAUAAUGAGGGCACGCAGACCUCUACUUCUCAAAGCGACCCUUUACAGGCGGGGGAAGAUCAGAAGAGAGGAGCCGCAGCGAGCAGAGAUAAAACGAUAGUGCCUGAUCUGAGUCAGGAGGAAAUGAAGAGCUCAAAUCUCAAGGAGGGAGAGCGGAGAUUAUGGGAUGGAAAUUCAACUUUUUCGCUCGUCAGGAGACGCAGGUUCGCUCCCAAUUAUUACCUGCAGAGCCAGGCUCUGUGGAGGAUUGAGCUGGUGUUCGUGGCUCAGGGGAAAGGCGAUCACAACAUCUUCACUCCGGACCGUCUGCAGACCAUUCACCACGUGGAGCGUCUGCUCAUGCAGCACCCACAGUUUCACCAGUUCUGCUGGAAGCCUUUGGAAGUAUUGAGGGACCUGCCACUGGGGCCAUCCUACUGCUCCCCACCCAGCUCACUCCUGUCUUACCUCUACCCCAGUGAGAGAGGAGGGAAGAUAUACUAUGAUGGCAUGGGCCCUGACCUGGCUGAUAUUCAAGGUUCUCUGAGUCUGGCCAUCACCCACCCACAGUUCUACUGGUAUGUGGAUGAGAGCCUGUCCCCUGAGCACCUCUCCUCCUCUCUCUUACGCAGUGAGAUCCACUUUGGAGCUCCUCUGCCAUCGUACUACUCCUUGCAGGACCGAGCAGAUGAGCAGAGAACUCGCUUCAAAAACUUUGUGGUUCAGUACGCAGACAUCUUGGCCAAGCAGUCUACCAGCCAGGUGAAGGUGCUGUACGGGGGAACAGAGCUGUUUGAUGAUGAGGUGAGACACACCUUCCACAAUGACAUGAUGCUGGCUGUCAUCAGUGGAGCCUGCAUCACCGCACUUGUCUUUGUCCUUACUUCAUUUUCUGUCUUUCUGACUUUCUUUGGACUUGCAAGUAUUGGACUGAGCUGCCUGAUGGCUCUUUUUUUAUACCAUGUUGUCUUUGGUGUGAGGUACCUGGGGAUUCUCAAUGGAGUGGCAGCCUUUGUCAUAAUCGGUAUUGGUGUGGAUGAUGUUUUUGUGUUCAUCAGCACCUUCAGGCAGGCUUCCCAUUUGCGUCAGCCGCUGCAGCGGAUGAUCUACACGAUUAAAACCGCUGGCCGCGCUACUUUCCUCACCUCCUUCACCACUGCAGCUGCGUAUGCUGCUAACACCUUCUCUCAGAUCCCAGCCGUGCAUGACUUCGGCCUAUUCAUGGCCCUCAUUGUCAGCUGCUGUUGGCUCUGGGUAUCUGUCCUGAUGCCAGCCGCCCUGUGUAUCUGGACUCAGUGUGUGGAGCCUCGUGAACAUGCAUGGUUGAAUUGCUGGAAGUCGUUCCCGGGCCUGUCAGCGAGCCACAGCCCUUUGUCAGAUGAGGAUGACGAUGUGGCACUUCUGUCAGUGGAGAUGGAGCCAGACUCCUGUGACACAGACGACGAUGCAGCCAUUCUGUCCCUGUCACUGGAGACGCCUUUGUCCCCUCCAGGGCAGCAGCACGUGGGUGUGGUGAGCACAAAUCUCCAGUGGGCCCUGAAGCACUUAGUGGCAGAGCCAGCCGUGGAACAUCGAAAAGCUGUUCUAGGUGUCUUUCUCCUAGUUCUGCUCCUAUCUGCUGGCUGCUGCUGUUUCCUGAGGCCGGCCACUCACGCCCCUCUGCUGUUCCGCCAAGACACAAACCUCCAGACUCUGCUGGGUCUGAGGAGCAACCUCAGCGGCCAAGGCAUCUCCUGCCCCAUGUGCUCAGGUGUGUUCAUGGAAAAACCCCACCUGCUGUCCACCCACACUUCCUCAUCAGCAUUCAGGUUUUCUACACAUCAGCAGAACCCAAGUACGACAACCCCCGCUGCUCCUCAGAGCUCAGUAAAAGCAAACUCAGUCACCAACCACACGGGCUCCUUGAUGACAGUGUUCAUAUCAAAGUUGGAUGCCGGAGGCUCUGCUACACUUUACCGUUUCUCCAUUAACGCCAGCACCCCGUCGCCAUGGAAAACGUGCAGUGCAGAGCAUGAGGGGUUGUCAUCGUUUCAGGCUUUUAAUCAGCCGCACGGCAAUUACACCGCCAGAAUGACAGUGUGUGUUUCUCGCGUGUACCGCCCAUACCCGAGCUGGAUGAUCACAUCCGCCUCAUGUGACCCUCAUCAUGGUUGGGCGCCUGAGUUUUCCUUUUAUGUAGCAUCAUCUCCACAGCAGCACAGCAGGAGGCUCUACUUCGCACAGCACCGCCUGAGACCUCAUCCCAGUCGAGUGUGUGUCAACCCGCCUGGCUGCGGCAUCAGUUCUGGGCCUGAUGGCCCUUCACAGGGAAGCUUUUAUAUUCCUUUUCCCAGCGAUCCCUCAUCUUCGGCCAAGAAGAAACCAUCUAAAACGUUUGGCUUCAACCCAUGCAGCGGCGGUGUGUGUGGCAACCCAGCGGUGCGUCCUCUGGUCGACACCGGGGCCAUGGUUUUCGUCGUAUUUGGGAUCCUGGGAGUCAACCGAACUGAGCAAAGGGACAACCAUGUUAUUGGAGAUAUGGGCAACAUCAUACUGGACCCAGACUUCGAUAUAUUCCAGGAGAUGGGGCAUCUUUGCAAAAUCUGUAAGGCUGUCAGCGCAAACAGUCAACUUGUGAAGCCGGGAGGUGCACAGUGCUUGCCUUCAGGCAACAAGCUGUCCUCUAUUCUGCCUCUGCUCCACCCUGAGUGUCACUCUCUCCCUGAACCCAACCUGCUCCCAGGGCAGCUGUCUCACGGAGCGGUGGGAAUGCACGGAGGAAAGGUCCGCUGGCUGUCCAUGGCCUUUGAGUCUACCACAUACAAAGGGAAAUCCUCUUUUCAGACCUAUUCCGACUUCCUUCAGUGGGAGAACUUCAUCCAGGAGCAACUUGCCAGCCUCCCACAGUCCUCUGCUCUGCAGAGAGGUUUCCAGACCUGCGAACACUGGAAGCAGAUCUUCAUGGAGAUCAUAGGAGUGGAGAGUGCCCUCUGGAGUCUGCUGCUGUCUCUGGCCAUCUGUGUGGCAGCUGUGUCUGUGUUCACUGCACAUCCUCUGCUGCUGUUGCCAGUCCUCAUCACCAUUGUAGGAGUGAUCUGUCUGGUCGUGGCUGUCAUGUUUUGGCUGGGAUGGGAGAUGGGAGCAGUGGAGGCCAUUUCUCUGUCUAUACUCGUCGGAUCUUCGGUGGAUUACUGUCUGCACCUGGUGGAGGGAUACCUGCUGGCUGGGGAGACCAUGCCCUCCACACCUGAUCAUAACAUAGAGCCUCCGUCCCAGAGGCAGAGGCGGACUCUGGAGGCAGUGAACCAUGUGGGGGUUGCCAUAGUGUCCAGCGCCGUCACCACGGUGAUCUCCACAGUCCCUCUCUUCUUCUGUGUCAUUGUGCCUUUCGCCAAGUUCGGCCAGAUCGUGGCCAUUAACACAGCCGUCUCCAUUUUGUUCACCCUGACCGUGACUGUGGCCAUGUUGGCCUGCAUGGCCCCCGUCCGCUUCAACAGACACCCUGGCGCUGUCCUAAAGGCCAGUCUGGCUGUGACGGCAGCUGCAGCCCUGGGAGCAGCUCUGUGCUGGGCGGGAGGACGUCUGGGUUCGCUGGCCUGGCAAUCAAUCAGCACAUAAACUGAACUGUCCAUCAAGUCACACUGAUGUCAGACAGAGGAGUUCCUCUGCAUGCAAACAAAUAAAACUGUAUUUCCCUCCAUGUCUGGGAGGAACGUCAGAUCAGUGAAUGAUCUUGUACUUUACAGCACAAAGAUGUCAAAAAUCUGUUUGUAUUGAUCAGUGGAUUGUAAGUUUUGGGGUAAAAACCUCACCUACUGGGUAACUGUAACAAUCGAUUACGUGACUCAUGGUAGUAGGCCGAUCAUUACGCGUGUCCAUGAUGAUUCAGUUGAGGUAUUUAUUUGUUUUUUGAUGUGGUUUUGCCUUCGGCCCAGAUGAUUGAGUAAUCACCGGGGAACACUGGUUGAGUCACAGUCUUCAUCAGUGAAACUUGUUGAGUUGUGAAGAGCUGCUGACUGUUCUGUGACCUGCUGUUGUGAACACACCGACGGGACGCGGUGCUCUGACGUCCGUGGAGACUAGUGUUAUUGUUCCACAUGAAUCAUGGCCAUCUUGUGAAACCGUUACGUUUGUUCAAUCCCGUUGUGUUUUCUCAAUCGUGCACCGAACUUGAUUUUCAUCCACGUUUGUAUCGCACUAAGAGUUGUAUGAACCAAAUUUCUACAGAUUUGUUAAAUGUGAUGUACAUGUGUCAGUGUGCUGCUUUCGCACAUCCUCAGCUGAACUCUGGAUGCUGCCAGCGCACACGUUUGGAGGGGCUGUCUAUGCCAGUAUUUAAGCACAAGUGACCCUCCUCUUUUCUGACUUUCCACGGUUAUGUCUCAGAUCUUAAACUGCUUCAGAGUCUCUAUUUCUGCCAUCGGCACUAAUUGAAUGAGACCUCUUGUGAGCUCCUCAGGUGUACUCUCUGCACGCCCUCAGCAACACUUGUAUGCACUAAGUAUAACCCACUCUGCUCUCACGCAGGUUAGAGCACCACUCGAACGCCCAUCAGCGAUCGUUCUGGUCUGCCCCACAAUGAAGGCAAGGGCCAUUUGUCACACCCCCGAAACACAAUGAUGGUUAGGGAGCGAUGGACUGACUCGAUCGAGGCAAGAGCAGUAAAUUUCAGUUUUAUGUGUGUGUUACUCGUGAAUGUCAAAUAAAACAAGUGCAGAAAGCCUGGGGUCUUUGUCUUUGUUAAAAGCUCUGCACCGUUUCCUUCUGCGCGGUUAUGCAAUGGAGCAGGAUGAAGCGCUUUCACUGUUUGCUAACAGUCACAUAAUUGCAGGGAGAGCCACAGUAGACUUUAAGGGGUGGCUGUUAAUUAUUCAUACGCGACGGCUCACAUUUAACACUGGCUCGCAGCGCGUCAAUGUUUUAUGUUGGUUAUUAAACCAGAGGUCGUUCUACAUACAGUGGCAGCGUGAUGGAAGUAGUCAUAACAGAAAUAUGUGAAUAAUUUUGAGUAAAAUCAGGAAAAAAAAAACAGUCGUGGGAUUUUGUGUAUUGUGUUGCAACAGGAAAAGAAAAUUGUGUUUUCAUUAUGUGAUUUGCAUUAGAAAUAACUUUCCUUGCUUGUCAGUAUGACCAUUGUGCAUCAUCAAAAGAAAACAUCCAGUUAUGCAAAAAGAUACCUGCAUCUUUCAGCAAUCGUUAUCAUUUAUUCAUGAAUGAAGAACGGUCUUUAUCCAUUUGAAGUAUGUUUCCCCAAACUGUAACUCACCCGGACUGCAGUCUUGUUACACCGGCGCGUGUUUUGCGGGGCCUUUUGUUCGGUUGAAUGGAGCAAAGGCCCCACCUUCAGUCGCUGGCAGUUCUCUGCACAGCACGGCUCUGCUGCUCAUGUUUUUAUGUAAAAGCACAAAAACGAAUAGUAGUGGAACAAUUUCUGAGGGAGAGAGAUGUUACGUUUGGAGGAAAGAACAUUUAGCAAAGUGGAAAAGUAAACGCUUUCCUCCCGUAGCCUGAAAUGACAUGGUCCAUCUAUAAAUAGUGAAUAACAGACAGGAUGAAUAUGAGAUAUUUAUAUCUAUGUCACUUCUAUUUUUAUGUUUGCUUUGGGGUCAGAAAAAUUCUUCUGAAACCUAUUUCCAACACGGAUCAGAGUUACCGAAUUAAAUCCUUAAAUUGUGUCCUGGAUUGCACUCAGUUUGCAAAGCAUAGCAUUUAAUAUGCUGCAAAGUCUGUGACUUCAGUGGCACAUAACAGGUAUGCAGAUCCAAAUUAGUGCUGUGAAUAAACGGCAGGCAUCAAACAAACGUGUCAGACUGCAGCAAGUUCACACAACAUGGUGUUGAAUGACAAAUAAAGGGCGAGAGGGAAUGAGAGAGCAACAAAGUAUAUUCAACAUAGACCAGUGGCUAUACAUUAGAAGGCAAUUAUAGGGCUAACUUCAACAGUACCGUUCCACCUUUACAUUAUAUAUGUAUUCACUAUAACAAUAAAUACCCAGGCUCAUUUGGUUCUUGAGAAAUACUUCAUUGUACCAAGAAAAGGCAUUUUCUCUGGAGAGAAAUUAUUUUACAUCAGAACUAUAAAUCAACACUGAAACAUAAGUCUUUAUUACCCCAUGUUACAGGGCACACACAAUGUUCAAGUAUGCCUGAGGAACUAAAUGGAGCAAU